AUGUCUGGAUGCAAUAAAUCACCUAAAAAUGAUCAACAAUCAAUAAAAUAUUGGCGGAUUCAACAUGGAGGAGCUUCCUUUAAGGCUGAUCUUUCUUGUGUAGAUUAUUUGCCUACACGUUCCAACAACGAGGAUAAGCAACCGUAUGGAAGUUGUCAACCGAAGUCCCCUCAGAUAUUGAGCACAGCUCAGCUCAUCUCUGCAAUAGGCCAGGUAUGCGAUUCUGCAAGUCACUCACUUUCGGCUUUACUCCCAAAGGAAAAUGUGAAUCAGGAUGAUAAAGGAUUUCCAAAAGAGAAAAUUCUGGAUAGCAUUGGAGACAGAAAGAUUGAGCUCGUAUAUACUUCAAAUGGCACUAGAUUCUAUCCUCUUACUGGGGGUGCUGCAAAGAUUGUGCAGGAAAAAUUGGAUUUCCCCAAGGUAAUGCAGAAGAUGUUACUAUUUGAAUCUCCUAAUGGAAGUCAAGAUUAUAUCCAUUCUUUAUUCCAGAGAUUUUCACAGGCUAGUAAUAAAAUUACAAAUAAAGAUUUGAAAAAAAUGGAACUUGGGAGGGAGGAAAUGUCAUGUAAAUCAGGAAAUGUAUAUUGGUGGGUUGGUAGGAAUGCUAACAUGCUAAAUUGUCGAGUGAAUGUUACCCAGCCUGAUAACCUGGAAACUAAUUCUCCAGUUGCAGGGGGUGGAAUUUCCUUAGAUACAAGCACUCCUGCACUGGCUAACGAGGAGAGGGAUGUGUGCAGUCCUGAUUCAAUCACACACCAAACUCAAUCAUUGUCUAAUGCUGCAAUUCCGAACACAACAAUAAUUAGCCCUCUGUGUUCAGACUAUUUUCUGCAAGCUGUGCCCGGUGCUAAGGAAGAUGUUGGUGCUUGUCAGACCCUUUCCUCCAGUAUCUGUGCAGACUAUCAAAUUAAUUGUUUAGCUUCAUGUAAUAAUGCUUCUGAGCAGUGCCUUCAUGAGAUUAAUGGUAAUGAAUCACUGGAAGUCCAAAAAUGGCGUUUCCUGGAUGUAACUAAUGAUGAACCUAAGCUUCAGAACAUUUCUGCAACCCAUCCAAAGCCUUUUAAUUCCCAAGCCAAGCAAGAACAUGCUUUUUCUGGGGCGUUAGCUGGUGUAUGUGUCAGCCUUUGUCUGCAUCCUGUUGACACAAUUAAGACUGUUAUUCAAUCAUGCCGUGCUGAACACCGGUCCAUUUUUUACAUUGGCAAAUCAAUUGUUUCUGAUAGAGGUUUGCUUGGACUAUAUCGUGGAAUUACCACAAACAUUGCAUCUUCAGCUCCAAUUUCUGCAGUCUAUACUUUUUCCUAUGAAUCGGUUAAAGCAACUUUGCUUCCGUAUCUUCCAAAGGAGUAUUAUGCUUUUGCCCAUUGUGUAGGAGGUGGUUGUGCAAGCAUUGCCACCUCUUUCAUUUUUACUCCAAGUGAGCGAAUAAAACAGCAGAUGCAAGUUCGUUCUCAUUAUCGCAACUGCUGGGAUGUAUUGGUUGGAAUUAUCAGAAAUGGUGGUUUUACCUCCCUAUAUGCAGGUUGGAGGGCUGUACUAUGCCGGAAUGUUCCACAUUCAAUUAUCAAGUUUUACACAUAUGAAAGCUUGAAGCAAGUGAUGCCAUCAAGUAUUCAACCCAACACGUGUCAGACUUUAGUAUGUGGAGGAUUAGCAGGAUCUACAGCUGCUUUAUUCACAACUCCUUUUGAUGUGAUCAAAACGAGAUUACAAACACAGAUUCCUGGAUCUGCAAGCCAAUACGAUAGUGUGCUCCAUGCUCUUUACAAAAUCAGUAAGGGUGAAGGUUUGAAAGGCUUAUACAGGGGGUUGAUUCCACGGUUGAUUAUGUACAUGACGCAAGGAUCACUGUUUUUUGCUUCAUAUGAAUUUUUCAAGAGGGCAUUUUCUCUAGAAGCAUCACAUCCCAGAGAUUCAUGCAUUCAGGCCAAUGACGGGAAUCUUACUUCUAUUGGUCAUGAUGGCGUUCCUUGCUGUCUCACGGACCCUGAUUCACCCUCCGAUUCCAUCCUCUUGAAUAACUUGUUUUUGUCUUAA